AUGGCAAACUUUGAGAGACUCGCCAUGAUUACACCCAAUGGAGAUGAUUCGAUGAUUCGAGUGAGAGUUGAGAACGUGUGGUCUACUCUAGAUGUCGAGAAUGGUGAAGGGCUCAGUUUCCUGGUGGUUGAUGAUGAGGGCACAAGGAUUCAUGCAUUCGUCCAGCAUUUUGCUGAUGCCAAGAGAUUUAAGAGACUUCUUCAGCAAGGAGACUGGUUCACGAUAACUGGUUUCUCAGUUGUUAUUGUCCGGAAUGAGAUUCGUAUGACUAAACAGAGAAAAGAGAUCGUUCUCAAGCGAAACACAGAAGUUGGUGUUUCAGAAUUGUUCAAUGGUUUUAUUCCGCUAGAUUUGGUUCCAUUUCAGGAUGUUAAGAACGGAACUGUUCACGAUGGAACUUCUUACACUAGAGACUUUCUAGGCGUCAUAUCUUCUGUUUCAGAUUUCGGCCUCACAGUGGAUGACUCUAUGCCUAGAAACAUACAUAACUAUGAUCCUAAGACCACCGGAUCGAUUGACUUUGUUCUUGAAGACAACGAUGGAAAUCAUCUAAACUGUCGUGCAAAGGGAAUCUUGGCGGUUCUCUUUAAACGUCCUAUUCAAGUCGAAGAUGAAGAAGGGAUUUCUACUUUUGAGUAUGAUCCUCCUGGACACCACGAGGUGGUACAUUUCACGAACAUAUU